AUGGGUGUACUACGAAUGCAACAUACGGCCUGCAAGACACGGAAAUUCGAGGAGUCCGAAGAAGCUAGAUAUCGUAAGGUGGAAACAAACAGCAUAGCUGUUACACCGUCAGCUGGGUACACGAAGCACACUCAGUCGCUCAUUGUUAUCGUGAUGCUCCCCACACACACGUGGUUACGGACAACAAUUCGCUAUCUUACCGAAACCGACCAGUGGCUAGCACUUUUGUCCGCAGAUCUCAUUCCUAUGCUCCGGUAUAAAAGUCUUCCACCGUUCAGACCCAGCGAACCAGCCACUUUUAGGACACUGGCCAACAUUAAAGUGUUGGCGUGUCUGCUUGCUUCAUGCCACCCGAUGAAGUUUCUUAUACAACAUGGGGAAAUUCGGCUAAGUGAAUGGCUGAAACCUGAACAAACGUGGACUCAGUCUUUGAAUCGGACUCUGCUCAAUCGGGUUGUCGUGAACAAAGUGUUCAGGAAGAAGCAUGAAGUGACAGUGAAAUCGCCUUUAGUGGCUGAUCAAAACAAGCAGCUGGUAAAGGGAUUUUUCGCUAAAUAA